AUGAAGCGGCCCUUUGCGAAUGUAGAAUCUCAAGACGACGACGGGUCAAGAGCCGGAUCAUCACCAUUCGGCGGGCCCGGCUUCAAUCCCAAACGACGGAAACAAUUCAGGACUGGCAAGAACAAGGCAAGGGAGGGAAGUUUGGCCUUUUCCAAGAAGCGUGCCCGAAACAUCGAGAGACUUCUUCAGCGCCAAACGAACCUCCCGGCCAACGUUCAGAAUGACUUGGAACGAGAGCUGGCCGCCCACAGGGCAACGGUCUCUGAUCGAGAGUUCCAAAAGCAGCGAAGCUCCAUGAUUUCUAGAUACCACAUGGUCCGGUUCUUCGAGCGGCAGAAGGCCUCGCGGCUGGUGAAGCAACUCAAGCGCAAACUCGAACAGACGCCCGAAGCCGACGACGCCGAGCGUCUCAAGCGCCAGCUGCACGUUGCCGAGGUGGACGAGGCGUACGCAAUCUACCACCCCCAUUUAGAGCCCUACAACAGUCUGUACGGGUCGACAGCCCGAAGCAAGGAGGACAAGGAUGACGACAACGAUGGGGAGGAAGGGGUGAACCAAAGCUCCGUAGCCAAGGCCGCCCUCGAGGCUGAGAGACCCCCGUUGUGGCGCGUUGUGGAGGAAGCAAUGGACAAGGGCGUGGAAGCUCUCGAGCAGUUGCGAGAGAGGAGGUCUGCCGACGACCAGAUGGCCAAGACGAAACCACGUCGGGCUCUUGGCCCAGUCUCCUCGGCUGAUGCGGACCAGAAGACGGGAAAGCAACAGAGCGGCCUGGAGGCCAGGGGCAAGAUGAGCGGCCAGAAGAAUGGCGACAAGGUUCAGCUCAAUCGGAGAGAGCGAAGGCGGCUCAUGCGCGAGGCCGUGUCUUGCAAGAAUGGCGACGACGAUGAGGAGGGGGAGGAGGAGGAGGCUGGCGGAUUCUUUGAGGGUCUCUGA